UGCGUAGAAAUUUUAUGUGUGUCACAUAUGUAUGAAUCGUAUAUCUAUUUAUAUAUUAUUAUUAUUCACUGUUAUUUUUGGUAAUACAUUUUGGUAAUAUCAUUUGUUAUUCUAUAAUCUUGUGAUUAUCCAAUGCAGACAUAUAAGUAUUUAUUAAUUGUAAAUUAAAAUGGGCGAGAAGAAAUUUAAUUUUCGUUUAAAUAAAACUAAUGAUUUAGUAACAAACAAAAAUUGCAUUGUACUAAUGAGGUUAUGGGAAAGAUUACAAAUGAAUGAAUGGAAUUUUAUUUGUUUACUCUUUAUAGUAUCAUUAUCUAUUGUUUUGGGAAAAUUAUAUAUAAAUUAUGGUAGUAUUUUAGAGCCACAAAAUAGUAUUAAAUAUAUAGUAUCAACAACAUCUAUAUUUUCAAAUAUAUCCAAUAUAUUUGGUUUAUUAUAUGUACCUGAUGUAUCAGAAUUCAAUAUAAAACAAUUAACAAUUAUAAGUGAAAAAUUUGUUAAUAAUAGUCAAUACGAUGAUGUUGUAAAUGUAAUGACAUUAUUUUUUAAAUCAUAUGGAUGGCUAAUAAAAGCAGCAAUAUGUGGUCUUAUUAUGAUGGGUUUUACUUGGUUUAUAAUUUACAAAGAUAGCAGUAUUCCUGGAAUCAAUCCACCUACUCCUUUUAGUCCUUCUAAACAAAGAUUUGCAAAGACAUCAGGGAUACAAAUGAAUUAUUUGAUUGGAAUACUUAAUGGUAUAUUAAUUUUUGUCUACAUGUGUCUUUAAUGUUUUAACAUUAUUUCUUGAACAAAAUAAUAUUGAUGUGAAAUGAUUUGAAAUAAUGUUUAUAUAAUUUAUAGAAGAUUGUAUAAUGUUGUAUAUACUUAUUAUUACUUCAUUCAUUAUUAUUGUUAAUUAAUAUUGUAUUUAAUUUAAUAAUUAAUAAGUAAGAUAAAUAAUUUAUAAUAUAUGAAUUUAUAAAUAUUCUUGAUAAAAAAAAGAGCAAUUUUGUAUAUUAAUAUUUAAAAAAAUAAUAUUUUUAGAUAAUAAUAUUAAAAUAAGAAAAAAAUAACAAAAUAAAUGUUUAAAUGAAUGUUAAAUGAAUUAUGUUUAAAUCAAUUAAAAUUAAAAUUAAAUAGAUUAUUAUUUUAAUAGUUUAAACUAUAAAAAAAUAUAAAUUUUAAUUCUAUAUAAGAAAAAUAAUUAAAUGUGACUAAUAUAUAUUAACAUUAUAAUAUAUGAGAUAUAUAUAUAUAUAUAUAUAUAUAUAUAUAUAAAAUAAUGCAUAUUAUUUUAUAAUAUUUUAUAAUAUGCAUUAUUUUAUAUGUAAAAUAUUUUAUAAAAAGUACAAAGUUAAUGUAUUAUUACAAAUCAAUUAUUUAUGUUUAAUUAUGUAAUUAUUAAUUUCUUUAUAAUUUAAGACUGAAAUUGUACAUAUAAUAUUUUUAUUUAUUGAUAAAGUAAAAUUAAGUUCAAAAAACUAAAUAUCAAGUAUUAAAUGUGGUACCUUUUAACAUUAAUUAUAUUAUGUGUAGAUAUAUAUGUAUACAUAUGUAUAUGUAACACAUGUAUGUGUAAAACAUACAUAUAUAAUAUAUAAUAUCACUAAAUUAUAAUAUUAAGAAUAAUUUUUUAUUUGAAAUUGUUGAAGAAAUUUUUGGAGAAUAUUAAUAAUUAUUGUUAUAUUGUAACAAUUUUAACAUUAACAAAAUAAAUUAAAUUUAAAAUCUUUA